AUGAAUGCCCUAAUCAGCUCUCUGCGCCCCCCCCUACACUCUCUCCAAUGGCGUAAAGAUUUUUCCACCCGCCAGACGACUCUUUACCACGGCCAGGAUAACCGAUUGCGUGUCCCUAACGGCGGAUCAGUAAUCGAUGAAUUCUUCCGCAGCUAUAAUCCCGAUCUGUCCCCGCCCCGCCGCCAUGAGCUGUUGAAGAACUUCCUAGGGCAGACCGGAGCCACACACUUAUUUCAGGAUAUUAUCAGGGGCCAAGGCUCACCAGGGGACAGGAGGGUGCUUGCCAUAAUCGAUGACCGGUGUGAUCCCUGUUUGAAGUUUACGAGUAUCCCAGAAAGCGCGGCUUUUCUACCUGUUCGACAAUGGGAGUCCGAGGAAUAUAUGCGACGGCCGCCUGAGGGGUUGAAUGUUCGCGUUUGCGGUGCGGAUGCGAAGAUGCUCUACACGCAUCUUAAUCAGGAUGUAGAGGACAGGAUUUGCAGAGCGUCGAAUAAUACCCGUGGGUUCACCCUGGAAUUUCACCUGCCCCAUUACGCCCUUAGAAAGAACAACCAACCACUCCGAGAUGGUCGAAAACUUCGGAAACACCGUCUAUUUCGCCUUCUAGGCCAGGAUGCCAUCUAUGAGGCACAACUUUCCCUGAUCGUGUUCGGUGUCGAUGAAUUCUUCUGGACCGCCUAUUUUUGCGAAGACGCUUACCUCCGAGCCAACAACCCCAUUGCAGAGUACCUUCAGGAUGAAGUAGAUGGACCUUCGUCAGGCUUGCGGAUGAGCCAAUUUCCUAUUUGGGACCCGCGAUACUAUUUUCUCUCCAUUCUAGUCAUUCGCACGAGUCAGAUCACCAUGGAAUGGGCAGUCUUGAUGGAGAUCAUUACCGAUGACCUUGAGAAACACGAUGACGUCUUCCGCGAAGAUGAGCCGCCUUUGAAAAAGACAAAGGAAUAUACCUGGACCCUAGGCACACUACGAAGGCUCCGUAACCUACUAGCCCGAGUGAUCGCUACUCUUGUCUCCUUUGAUGCAAACAAUGGUGUUUACUUUGACCUCGAAACCGACGGCGCCCUGUACGAUCGAUUCCGCGAAUGUUUCGACCAGGUGCGCCAAUUCACAGCUGAGCUGGCCACCACCAGAAUGGUCCUAGAGCAACAGAUCGAAACAUUAGAAAAAAUGUCUGAUGUGCUGGUGAAUGCUUCCUCACUUGCGGAGAGCAUGAUGGCCACUCACCAGGGAGACAAUAUCCGCCUUCUAACGUAUAUCAGUAUCAUAUAUCUUCCCCUGGGCUUGGUCACAAGCAUCUUCGGUAUGAACCAAGUCAGCAGCGAGAGCGCCUGGUGGAAGUACUGGCUUUGUGUCUUCUGUCUCACGAGUGGUACCAUCACUGUGACCAUUGGGCUACAGAGAAUAAUCCCUUGGUGGAGACAUGGGCAAGAGAACCUUUGA